GGCACAUCGCUUGUCUAUCCCGGUUAACUCUCUUGCUCUCCUCAGGCCACAAAGUACUCACUCCUGAUAGUAGCGCACGCUCAGCUUCUUCGAAGUCAUUCUCUCUUUCAUCAUGUACCGACGCAAGUUAACCCCAGCAGAGCAGGAGGCGCGUCGCGUCAAGAACCGCGUUGGCAUGCGUAAAAUCCGCCAGCGACAACGACAAGAGCUGCUAGCAAUGAAAAGCACAGUAAUUGAGCUCGAGAAAGAGUAUGCAGAGCUGUGUCGUCGGGCUGAAGCCGCAAAUAAAGACACCGAGUUGGCUACACUACAUAUGGAUCACAGCGACGAACAAGGCCACCCAGACUUGGCGGCGCUGGCAAAACAACUCGGAGCCGAGAAGCUGCUUCUACGCUCGAUGCUCAAGCAAAAGGCAGCGUGGACGCUCCAGAUCCAGCGCGUUCUCGACUUCGAAGCUAGCAGUUUGGCUGCCACACAGAAGUUUCAGAGCGCUGUGGAGGUGCAACUUGAUACGGUGGAUGAGGUUCAGGCAGAGAAAGAGUUGGGGUUCCACCCUCUGACUGAGUGGGAUCUGACUCGUACCAUUCUAGACAAUAAACGGGAUAUCCGCCACGUCGAGAAUCGACUGAACCCUCCAUCCGGACUUGUGGACAAACGCACGCAUCGAAUGCAAGCCUUUGGUUGGGACAUCAUACAACGCGUCGAAGGUAGUGUGAUGGAGUUCGUCUUCUUGAAAAAGUUCACCAACCUCAACGUGCUCGACAUCAUGCACAAGACGUGGACGAAUGACAUUCAGUUGUCAAGGUUCAAGACUGUCAAAGCCGAAACGUCCAGACUUGAAGUUCUCCAGCAGAUGAACCCAAACGCCUACGUGUUUGUACGUGAUGUUGAUUCUCCUAGCGAUAUCUCUAUUUUUCGUUCGGUAUUCGUACACUUCUUAGUCGAAGCGACCAAAGAGUUCUCAUGCUCACACGGUAGUACAAUUACUGGCACGGGGUACGUCUUGGGUACACAGAGCGUCGCUGUUGAUUAUCCCAGCGACAGCAUCCAUCGAGACGAAGCUGGUCGGAAAAUAGCGUGGGCCGACCUCGCCCUUACUACUGAAGCGUACGACGUGGAGAACGCGAUGACAGGCGAAAAGUAUCAACAAGUUGUAUGGGCUGGCAGAACCGACUAUUGCACUGAAGAAGACGCGCAACGAAAUGCUGCGGAUACACUGCAAGGCCUGCUUCGGUGGGAGAUGAAGAUCGUUGCGCCAGCACUCAACCUAACGUUACUUUGACAUUCAAUCCCAGUUGCAACAACAGUCACUCCUUCAUCUGGUUAUGUAAAAUAAAUGUGAGAUUCUUGUCUCUUUUGAGCCACCA